CCGCGCCCGCCGGGCCGCCGAGCACCAUGGUGCAGAAGUCGCGCAACGGCGGCGUGUACCCCGGCCCGAGCGGGGAGAAGAAGCUGAAGGUGGGCUUCGUGGGGCUGGACCCCGGCGCCCCCGACUCCACGCGGGACGGCGCGCUGCUCAUCGCUGGCUCCGAGGCCUCCAAGCGCGGCAGCAUUCUGAGCAAGCCGCGCGCGCCCGGCGCCGGGAAGCCCCCUAAGCGCAACGCCUUCUACCGCAAGCUGCAGAAUUUCCUCUACAACGUGCUCGAGCGGCCGCGCGGCUGGGCGUUCAUCUACCACGCCUACGUGUUUCUGCUGGUCUUCUCCUGCCUGGUGUUGUCUGUCUUCUCCACCAUCAAGGAGUACGAGAAGAGCUCCGAGGGCGCCCUCUACAUCCUGGAAAUCGUCACCAUUGUGGUGUUUGGGGUGGAGUACUUUGUGCGGAUCUGGGCGGCCGGCUGCUGCUGCCGGUACCGUGGCUGGCGUGGGAGACUCAAGUUUGCCCGGAAGCCUUUCUGCGUGAUCGACAUCAUGGUCCUCAUUGCUUCCAUCGCUGUGCUGGCCGCCGGCUCCCAGGGCAACGUCUUCGCCACAUCCGCGCUCCGGAGCCUGCGCUUCCUGCAGAUUCUGCGGAUGAUCCGCAUGGACCGCAGAGGGGGCACCUGGAAGCUGCUGGGGUCUGUGGUCUACGCCCACAGCAAGGAGCUGGUCACCGCCUGGUACAUUGGCUUCCUCUGCCUCAUCCUGGCCUCAUUCCUGGUGUACUUGGCAGAGAAAGGCGAGAACGACCACUUUGACACUUACGCGGAUGCGCUGUGGUGGGGCCUGAUCACCCUGACGACCAUCGGCUACGGGGACAAGUACCCCCAGACCUGGAAUGGGAGGCUCCUGGCAGCCACGUUCACCCUCAUCGGUGUCUCCUUCUUCGCUCUCCCUGCGGGCAUUCUGGGGUCUGGCUUUGCCCUCAAAGUUCAAGAGCAGCACCGGCAGAAGCACUUUGAGAAGCGGCGGAACCCUGCAGCCGGCCUGAUCCAGUCUGCCUGGAGGUUCUACGCCACCAACCUCUCCCGAACGGACCUGCACUCCACCUGGCAGUACUAUGAACGCACGGUCACUGUGCCCAUGUACAGGCUGAUCCCACCCCUCAACCAGCUGGAGCUGCUGAGAAACCUCAAGAGCAAAUCUGGUCUCACCUUCAGGAAGGAGCCUCAGCCGGAGCCUUCGCCAAGCCAGAAGGUCAGCCUGAAGGACCGUGUCUUCUCCAGUCCCCGAGGUGUGGCCACCAAGGGGAAGGGGUCCCCUCAGGCCCAGACAGUGCGGCGGUCCCCCAGCGCUGACCAGAGCCUGGAGGACAGCCCUGGCAAGGUGCCCAAGAGCUGGAGCUUUGGGGAUCGCAGCCGGGCGCGUCAGGCAUUCCGCAUCAAGGGCGCGGCGUCGCGGCAGAACUCGGAAGAAGCAAGUCUCCCCGGGGAGGAACCUGUGGAGGACAACAAGAGCUGUAACUGUGAGUUUGUCACGGAGGAUCUGACUCCUGGGCUCAAAGUCAGCAUCAGAGCUGUGUGUGUCAUGAGGUUCCUGGUGUCCAAGCGGAAGUUCAAGGAGAGCCUGAGGCCCUACGAUGUGAUGGACGUCAUUGAACAGUACUCGGCCGGCCACCUUGACAUGCUGUCCCGCAUCAAAAACCUGCAGUCCAGGAUAGAUAUGAUUGUGGGUCCCCCACCCCCUUCAACUCCCCGGCACAAGAAGUACCCCACCAAAGGACCCACAGGCCCUCCGAGAGAGUCACCCCAGUACUCUCCUAGAGUGGACCAGAUUGUGGGCCGGGGCCCAGCCAUGGCUGACAAAGACCGCACCAAGGGUCCAGCUGAGGCAGAGCUGCCUGAGGACCCCAGCAUGAUGGGGCGACUGGGCAAGGUGGAGAAGCAGGUCCUGUCCAUGGAGAAGAAGCUGGACUUCCUGGUGCACAUCUACAUGCAGCGCAUGGGCAUCCCCCCGACCGAGACGGAGGCCUACUUUGGAGCCAAGGAGCCCGAGCCAGCCCCGCCGUACCACAGCCCCGAGGACAGCCGUGAGCACCUGGGCAAGAAUGGAUGCAUCGUCAAGGUGGUGCGCUCCACCAGCACCAUGGGCCAGAAGAACUUCGCGGCACCGCCCGCUGCGCCCCCCACCCCAUGCCCGCCAUCCACCUCGUGGCAGCCACAGGGCUGCCCCCGCCAGGGCCCCAGCUCCUCGCCUGUGGGGGACCCUGGUGCGCUGGUGCGCAUUCCACCACCGCCCAGCCACGAGCGCUCGCUGUCUGCCUACAGCGGAAUCCACCGGGCCAGCUCGGAGUUCCUGCGGCACGAGGAUGUGGCCCGGCCCCCCGAGGGCUGCCUUCGGGACAGCGACACGUCCAUCUCCAUCCCGUCCGUGGACCAUGAGGAGCUGGAGCGCUCCUUCAGCGGCUUCAGCAUCUCCCAGUCCAAGGAGCAGCUAGACGCACUUGGUGGCUACACAGCUGUGGCGCCCUGCGUCAAGGUCAGGCCCUACAUCGCUGAGGGCGAGUCGGACACGGACUCUGACCUCUGCACCCCAUGUGGGCCUCCACCACGCUCGGCCACCAGUGAGGGCCCCUUCGGUGACUUGGGCUGGGCCGGCUCCCGGAAGUGAGGCCGUGUGGCCGGCCGCUACCCUUGUAGGCUCUGUGCUGAGGUUUCCAGGAGGACCCGUUUCUUAGAGUCUCUGGGCCAGGGGAGGCCACCCUGCUGGGGUCUGGCUGGCUCUUAUGGGGCCAAGGGUGGGAAUGGGCUCGGAUGCCACCCAAUGAGGCUUUACCAGCUCCUGUUUCCAACAAGGACCAAGGGCUGCUGGGCGUGGAGGCCCCAGGAGCCUGUAUGGCUGCCGGCCAGUCCAUUUCCCCCUGCUGUGGGGCUGGAGGGGUGGCUGGGGGAGGGGAUCAGGCCUGGGUGCAGUGGGCAGCGAGGGGAAGGCUUUUCCCAACAGGGUUGUUCUCAGUAGAUGGCUGGCCACCCAGAGGCCUGACGGGGAGGAUGGUGGGUGCCAGCCACAUUGGACCUGGGUCUCUGAGUUCCCUGUGCUGGCACCAGCCAGCCCUGGUGAGACGUUGCUCCUAGCCCUCAGAUGUCCGAUCUGUAAAGCUGCCAUUCAGCACCUUCUCUGUCCCCUCCUGUCCCUGAGGGGUCCAUGGUGGAAGCUGCUGUAAGUUCACCGCCCUGGGGUCCUGGAGCAGAGGAGGGUCCAGGCCUUGGGGACCAGACCUGAGCCACACAGUGACCUUCUGAGAUCUGCCCAUGGCCUUUCUCCUGGGGAAGGGGUACUCCCAGCAUGGCCUUGAGCUACUGCCUCCACACACACCGGAAAGGGAGACCCUCGCGGGGGAAAGCCAGUGACACUGGGGAAGUGGAGGGCCAGGCACCCGCUUUGUCCUCUUUCUCUCUGAUUGCAUGGAGCUGGGCUCGGCGUGUGGCCAGCACCUCGACAAAGACCCAGUCGCCAAGGGGGAAAGCUGUGACAGCAGCAGUGUGAGUCUGGAGUCCUGGGGACAGGUGGCCGGGUACGGGUGGAAAGAUUCUCAGCUGCCGAGUGGUCUGGGGCCUGCCUGGCCACCACACUGGACGGGGUCCGUAGACGCCUAUCCUUACCUGGGGCCCCACCUAUCUGCUCCCAUAGAUGCCCUGACAGGACCUGGAGAGGGCAAUGCCAUUACCAGCUGGGACCAGGCUCCAGAGUGCCAGGCUGGUCUCCCCCACACUGUCGGGAGCAGAGGCUUGCCCAGCCUUUCCCUCUGGGACAGGCAGCGCUGUUUCCCAGAAUGUCCCUCCUGCUGACCACCCCUCCCAUCCCCUGGCCCAGCCCCAGCUGUGACUGCUAGGUACCAUGUGGAGGCCAACCCCCAGGCACUUCCUGGGCCUCUCAGCAUGGGAGUUGGAACCUCCCAUUGCCCACCCCGCAUGUGGCCGGGACCCCCAUGCUGGCCCCCUUGUAGUCAGUGUCAAGCAGGCACCUGCAUUUGGAAUGGUGGGAACUACAGGGCUGGGGACCUGGUGGUCCCUGAAGCUAGUGACCCACCCUGGUGGAUUUGAGGCAUGUGCCAGGCUGAGGCCAGCCCGCAGCCCCAUACAGCCAACACCCCCAAGAACAUGAAGAGAAAAACUAUGUGCUGUUUGUCACACUUUGUUUUAAAUCAAUUCUGACUUGAGCCGCUUGGCUCUGUGGACAGCCUGUGGCUGGAGGUCUUCUUGCUGCUGGGAAGGGUCUGGAGAGCAGCUGCCAGGAGUCAGGUGACCCUGCUCUGGGGGGGCCUGGGCCCUCGGAACCUUUGAGAAGCAGAGUCAGCAGCAGGCCACUGCAGGCCUACGCCUCCUCCCAGCUGUCAGGGCACCCCAGAUCCUGCUCCAUCCUGCCUGAUUCUGCUGGAUCUCACCCAUCCCAAUGGAUCCCAUCCCAUCCCAAGGCUACCUGACUCUGCCCAAUCCCCCACCAUAUCCUACCACAGGACACUUGUCUAUUGGCUGCUCUGCCCCAGUCCCCCGUGCUUGCCCAGAGGUCGCCAGGGCCAGGAGUGAGCCCUGGGCCACGGAGACAGCACAGCCCCUCUGCACCUCCCCCUGUGUCUCUUGCCCUUGGGCCCUGAAGUGGCGUAAAGCCCCCUGCAGUGUGGACACCCUUGGGUACUUCUUCUGCGGAUGUACAGGACCAGGCAGACUGGGCGGUCCCUCCUGUUGCCACCUCCCCAAGGGCGAGGCUGAGACCCAGCUGAGCCCCCACUGCCCUCCCUCUUGGGCUGGGGCUGCCUCCUCAGAGGCUUUCAGGCAGGGGAACAGUUUGAUCUCAGUCACCCCAGCUUCAGUACCCCAGAAGGAGGAGGAGGAGGUAUGAGUCCGGUCACCCGCUCCUCUGUGCCGUGUGUUCCUGGAAACGGAAUUUACAGCCCCUGGUCUGCAGAGCUGCCAAGGCAGGCAGGGCGGCUAAGGCAGCGGGAGCCCAGGUCGUACUGGGCAUGUUCUGUGAGUGAGGACCCUGGCUGCUGGUUCAUGGAUGGUGCCUGGCCAGGCAGGUCUCGCUUAGGGCGCAGCCUGUUGUCCAUGGAAAGAGAGAAGCACAGCUCCGUUUACGGGAUGGGCUGGGGCCAUUUGGGGACACAAUGGGAGGAGGAUCCCUCCUGGGGGCCCGCAAUCCAGCACAUCUCCCCACAGGGCCUACCUGCUGCUGCUGGGUCCCUGCCUUCGAGGAGAGAAAGGAAAGAGGCUGGAAGCUUCUAGGCAGGAUUCUGGACUCCCUUAGUGUGCAUGCGUGUGUGUGUGACAGGAGUGUGUGUGCCCAUCUUCAUGUGACUGUGUUGGUGUGGCUGAGAGCCAGCAGCCAUCCCAUGGUGAAUGUGGCAGACACUUCUCAAGACAAGCAUGUUUGUUGCCUCCUCCACAUGCUGUUGUACACACAUGUGCACAUGCACUCACAUUCUCAUACACCCACACACCAGGGCACACCCUCGCACACAUGCCUACACACACGUACAAAUGUGGCCACAUGCAGCGCAGGGCACACAAGCACACGUGUGCUCACACGUGCCACUGUAUACAUGCACACAUGUACAUGCUUACACAUGCACACUUUGUUCCUGACUUUGACAGACCUUUGUCUCUGAGUCUUUGGCAGGGGCAAAGAGGGAAUUAAUGAUUUUAGCAGUUGCAGGUGGCACUGGAAUGUUGGCGCACCCUGGGGAUGGGGUCCUGGCCACUCAGGCUACUGCGUAGAAGGCCCAUCUGGCUGUCCCAACAGUGAUGGUUCCCAGAAAACCCAGAGGCAGCUCGGUGGGUGCAGAGAAGCUUCGUGGUGUGUGGGGACCCCAUCUGGCACCAUCGUCAGCCAAAGCUGGUGCUGCUGUCAGCUCCCUGGGCCGUCCUCGGACACUGGCCAUCCCCAUUACCCUCCCGCCCAAGCUUCUGUGGUGCCUCCCUCCACACCUGGUGUUUUCUGGUCCAUCUCCCUGUGCCCUGGUAGAAUCUCAGGCUGGAGUGUCCCCAGAAGGUGGAGACUCAUCCUUCUCCUCCCCCACACGGGGCCCCACCUGGAGGCUGGACAGGUGCACAAGGCCAGGCUGGCCUCUUGAUGGCACCCCCCUUCCUGGAGGGGGCUUGUCUCAAACCUGUUUGGAGGCUCGAGAGUCACCUAGGCUCUGGGACCUGGUAUUUCACAGCUCCCAGCCCCCCGCCCCCACAGGUUUCUGCCCACCGAGGCCUCCUCUGUAGGGGGCAUGUGUGAUGAAAAGCCCUGGAAUCUCCCUCUUAAACUCUGAGUGUGAAUCACCCCAACCUUGUGUCCAGAGAAGCCACCCACCAGGCUGCCAGGGAGUGAAGUGCAUUUUGCCGAUUGGCUCAGUUAUUUAAGAUCAGUUUUCCUGCGUGCUAAGCUGGAGUUCCUGACAGAGUCGAGACGCUAAUACAGGGGUGGCCCCUGGGAAUGGAGAGGAAGCUCUGUCUCUUGCCUGCCCCCCACAUUUAGGAGACCCCCUUAGGGCAAGUGCCCUGCCUUCCUGUUGAGGAAUUCUUACUGGGAAGAAAGCUGGCCCUGAGGUAUUUCUAAAACCCUUCGCAGAAAGCCCAGUGGGCAAGGAGGUGCAGAAGGAUCUUUGUAGAAGCCCUGAUGUCCCUAUCCGUUUAAUACUCACCAAGCUGUAAGCAGUGUCCAGAACGGUGGACAUGGGCCCCCCUUGGCCUCCUGAUGCAAAAUCAAAAGGGCUUGAAACACCUCAGACUUCAUGGACCCCUUCCUAAACGGUGGGGUUAGGACCAGCUCCGCAGGGGAGAACUCAGGCAUCUGGGGUGCUCCUAACAAGAUGCGGCCUGUGUGGCCCUCCAGCUUGAUGGCAAGGCUCCGUGCUCCCACCCCUGUGCAGACUGGUACCCUAUCCCGGUGGACAUUGUCCUCACAUGGUCAUCAGCUGCCUGCGUCCAUGCUCCCUGACCCUCCCAUU